AUGAUAGACGAUUCUCUUAAUUUUGUUAAAUUUACGACCGGCCGCCAUUUGGUUAGUUCUUUCCCUUUGGGUGCUGAGCAAUUGGCACGGGAACUUAAAGCUGUCGAGAAGGAAUUAGUUAAAACAAUUAGAUGCAAUAUUGGAGGACGACGCAAAACUUUUAAAGAAAACUAUCAUUUUUAUCAAAUUUAUAUUAAAUUGGGACAUAUAAAUUUGUUAGCUGAGGAUUUUGCUAGAGGCGUAUAAA